AGGGUGAUGAGGACCGCGGCAGCAGCAGCAGCAAUGCACGCAUCGACACUGAGAUGGAAAAAGGCAGACGAGAGGACAACGCUGAGGAUGACCGAGGCAUGAAAGAAAAAGCUCAGGAGUCGAGCUGCAUCGCGCCAACAUGGAGGCGUAGCGACAGUAGCAUGCAUGAUUAGAUAGAGGAGAUCAUUUCAUUGUAGCCUAGCAGCAGCACCAUCAUCAGUCAGUCCAACCUGAACGGAGAGGAGGGGAGAGGAGGGGAGAUGGGCUCCCAGGUUGUGCAGACCCUGCGUCAGGGAGUCUGGGCAUCUUUGACCGGGGGCUGGUACCACGACCCGGACCAGAACAAAUUCAACAACUCAUGCCACCUCUAUCUGUGGAUAUUUCUCCUGAUGUUGCCCUUGUCUCUCCAUCUGGCCUUGCCUCCUACUACAAUGGCUCUGAGCAUCUACUGCUCCUCCAUUACUGUCUUCUUCAUCCUUAUCAAGCUCGCCAACUAUCGGCUGCACUUGAUGUUCGACGAGGGUGAGGCAGUGGUCCGCAGCAGCCUCUCUGACCUCAGCAAGGCUCAGGAGAAGAAAAGUAAUGCCUCAGACUCCCGCUUGCCUGCCAGCAUCAGGAAGAGCAGCACAGUCCCUGACAGUGUUGCCAUGACUACAUUGGCUCGGAAGCGUCCCAGUUCAGUGAUCCAGGUGACCGUGAAACAGACUGAAACUGACCCGGGACUGAUUGGGGUGGACUGCUCAAAGUCAGAUGAGCUAAAGACUGUGGAAGAGCAGGGCAAAACUGCUGCAGAGGAGAGGCCUGUGGAGGGAGGCUUGCAGCCAAGCCCAGAGCCAUCUCCGGAUGAUCUCUAUAGCCCCAAUCCAGACCAGGCGGCCCCCCUGCUGCAGGCCCAGCAGAGGCCCCCAUCUCGAGCCGAAAGAGAGGAGAUCCAGUCUGAAUCUGCAGGUGCGACAGAGAAAAUUGAUACAGAAAUACUUGAAACUGCAGCUGCGAAAGAAGGGAUAGACAUUAAGAGCUCUUUGACAGAGAUUGACCAAUCGGAGCAGGAAAGGACAGCGGAGAAAGACUCUGAACAAGACAGAAUCGAGGAAAAAGACUCUGAGGAUAAAGAGACUGCAGACAUGGAAAUAGCUGAUGAAGGUUUGCCUCCAUCCAAGGGAAGUGAAGAUGAGAGCGAGGAGGAGUGUGAAGGUCAUAAAGAGCCCUCAGAUGCCAACAACAACUCACUGGAGACUCCCCGGGAGGACCAGGAGCAUAUCAUUGAUAUCCCAGAAUCUCCUGUACAGGCUGAGCCAGUGGAGGAAACAUACUGUUCUGAUGAGAUUGAGGUGGUUCUGGUAGACAACUCUGGCCCUGGGCCUGUGCCAGCUCACUUAGAUGAAAGUGACACAGUUAAGAUCAUCAUCACCAUGAGCUGUGACCCUCAGACUGCUGCUCAGUUGGAGGAGAGCGUCAAGCAGAGCCUUUUGGAGAAUGCACAGGCUCAGAAGGAUGCAGGAGAAAGUCACAUCAAGAUCCCUGUCAUCACCUUCGACUCCCCUGAAGAGGAGAAUCAGAAGCCGGAAGGGGGAGAGGAAGUGACUUGCUCAGAGGAUGACCCCACCCCGAAACAGCAAAUGACUACAAGCCAAAGUGAAGAGUUUCACUUGUGCAGAGAAACCACCAGCUCUGAGUCGACCACACUUGAUUGUCCAGAUCCAGAGCAGAAACCUCUCUGUCUGCAAAUCACCGCCGACAGCACACCGAGCCCACAGCUGACAAAUGAUAACAGCUCGUCAGGUAUUGAUGUCCACUCCCACCCAGAUGACACAGACCCUCUGGAACCAAAUGUGGACUCAAAAGGGUUCCUGCGUCUGCCCCAAACUCUGGGCCGCUACGGACCUGGUGGGAGGACUCACAUCCGAGGGCUGAGCAUGGACAGCGGGAAAGAUGCGGUUCUUCUUUCAGACCGCUCACACAACACAACUACCAUGACCAGUUCCAAAUCAGACCUGGAGGCAAAGGAGGGUCAGAUUCCCAACGAAUCAAACUUCUUGGAGUUUGUUUCCUUGUUGGGAUCCCUGAGUACCAGAGGGGGAGGUGGCGGUACACAGGAAGAGGUGAAGUCAGAGCGCAAAGAGGAAGUAGAAACUGCAGAGGAAGAGAAUCAAAGUGCACUUUCCAGACCAGAUGAAACAGUAUCAGAGACCAACACCAACAACAAACCAGAGAGACCCAAACCACCCACCAGUCUGCCUACCAACACACUACAGGCUAUACCGCCUACACAGAUCCCAAUAGUCUCUCCUGACAGUCCACAGACAGACAGAGAAAAGGAUCCAGAUUAUGAUUCCCUUCCCUCGCAAACGUCUCAAUCUGAGAGCUCCAUGCUGCAGGUCAUCUGCAGACCAGAGGCUACCAACAAAGAAGAGGCCUACACCUUUCAUACUGUUCACCGAGACAGGCCUCGUAAGCUGUAUGCAGAGAGAGCUCUCAACCUGCCGCUCGGAGCAGAGCUCAUUACCGGCAACAUGUGUGACCUGCUGUCAACUUCCUCCAACUCAGAGUGUCAGGACGCCCUGGUUGGCGGUCACAGUGACUGCCCUUUCCAGCGACGCAUCAUCCCUGCACACAGGCUUCGGCCACGAAGGACGCACCCUGAGAUCUUCCAGGAAGAGGACUCUUUGGAUGACUCUUCAGAGACGUCCACUCAGGAGAAGCCAAGCAGGAAAAUUUACUACAAACUCAAACUGUUUCCUGGGAAGUGGAUCAACAUCUUAUAUGACCGACUCACCCUGCUUGCCCUUUUGGACAGAAACCAGGAAGUUCUGGAGAAUCUAGUUGCAGUCUUCAUGGCCUUCCUGGUUUCCUUUCUGGGUUUUGUGCUUCUCAACCAUGGGUGCUUCAAAGACUUCUGGAUCUUCCAGUUCUGCCUGGUCAUCGCCAGCUGCCACUACUCAUUACUGAAGAGUGUUCAACCAGAUGCAGCUUCACCAACGCAUGGUCACAACCAACUGGUGGCCUACAGCCGAGCAGCCUACUUCUGCAUUUUCUGUGCUCUGAUCUGGCUGCUGGAGCAGCUGCUGAGGAGGAAGGACCUGCCCAUCUCUACCCUGUAUGGAGUCACCAUCGUCUGUUAUGAUGUACUGCGCUUCUUACGAGACCUCCUAGUGGGUUUUACCUACUGCUUCCCAGUCACCUUCCUUGUGGGCCUUUUCCCUCAGAUCAACACCUUCACCAUCUACCUGCUGGAGCAAAUCGACAUGCACUUUUUUGGAGGAACAGCUGCUACCAGUCUUAUUUCUGCGAUCUACAGUAUCUUGCGCAGUCUGAUUGCUCUGUCUCUGCUUUAUGGCUUUUGUUUCGGCGCUCUCAAGGAGCCAUGGGAUGAGCAGCACACACCAGCCCUGUUCUCUGGUUUCUGUGGCCUUUUAGUGGUGCUCUCCUAUCACCUCAGCCGACAGAGCAGCGACCCUUCUGUACUUGUAUCUCUGAUCAAGUCAAAGAUAAUGCCUGCUCUUGUGGAGAGUGAUGAAGAGGAGGAGGGUGAUACGAACAUUAAAGAUCCUCUGCCUGAGAAACUGCAGAAUUCCAUGAAAGAGAUUCUGCUGUCGGAUGUCAUUGUGUGCUCUGUUGCCUACAUCCUGACCUUCGCCAUCACCGCAAGUACCGUGUUUCUGUCUCUCAAGCCCUUUGUGACCAUAGUGCUAUAUGCUCUGGCGGGCACCGUGGGGUUUGUAACCCACUACCUGAUCCCCCAGCUGAGGAAGCAUCACCCUUGGUUGUGGAUCUCCCAUCCAGUCCUCAAGACCAAGGAGUACUACCAGUUUGAACCCAGAGAAGACGCAGUGCUUAUGUGGUUUGAGCGUUUGUACGUGGGGCUGCUGUGCUUUGAGAAAUACGUGGUGUACCCCGCCAUCGUGCUGAGCGCACUCACUAAUGACGGCUUUGCCCUCAGUCACCGCAAGAAGCUGGGAAUCCACUGUGAUGUUCUCCUGACGACAGUUGCCGGACUGAAGCUCCUGCGUUCAUCCUUCUGCGACCCCAGCUUCCAGUUCCUCACUCUGCUCUUUACACUCAUUUUCUUCCACUUUGACUGUCCGCGUGCCUCUGAGAGCUUCCUGCUGGACUUCUUCAUCAUGUCUAUUGUAUUCCACAAGAUGCGCGAGCUGUUGCUGAAACUCCAUUUCAUCCUGGUUUACGUCGCUCCCUGGCAGAUCGCCUGGGGCAGCGCCUUUCAUGCCUUUGCUCAGCCAUUUGCUGUGCCUCACUCAGCCAUGCUGCUGCUCCAGACUCUGCUCACCACAGUUUUCUACACCCCGCUGGCCCCCUUCCUGGGCAGUGCCAUCUUCAUUUCCUCUUAUCCACGGCCCAUUAAAUUCUGGGAGCGGAACUACAACACAAAGCGUAUCGAUAACUCCAACAGCAGGCUGGUGUCCCAGGUGGACAAGGAAACGGGUUGCGACGACAACAACCUAAACUCCAUCUUUUACGAGUACCUGACUCGCUCACUACAGCAUUCACUUUGUGGUGACCUCAUGCUGGGCCGAUGGGGCAACUACAGUGCCGGGGACUGUUUUAUUCUGGCUUCUGACUACCUCAAUGCUCUGGUCCACCUCAUAGAGAUUGGCAAUGGUUUGGUCACCUUCCAGCUGAGGGGUUUGGAGUUCAGAGGUACAUACUGUCAGCAGAGAGAGGUGGAGGCCAUCACAGAGGGCGUGGAGGAAGAUGAUGCAUGCUGCUGCUGCGAGCCGGGCCACUUGCCUCACAUGCUGUCAUGCAACGCUGCUUUUAACCUGCGCUGGCUGGCUUGGGAAGUGAUGGCCACCAAGUACCUGCUGGAGGGUUACAGCAUCAGUGAAAACAAUGCUGCCACCAUGCUGCAAGUGUACGAUCUUCGAAAGCUGCUCGUCACCUACUACCUGAAGAGUAUUAUCUACUACUUGGUCCACUCUCCCAAACUGUCUACCUGGCUCAAGGAUGUCACCAUUCAGGAGGCGCUGCAGUCCUACACCAAGUGGCACCACAUUGAGCGCGACCCUCAGGUCUUUAGUGUGAAGAUCGAUGAAGACUACGUGCAUUGCCUGCAGGGAGUGACACGUGCCAGCUUCUGCAACGUCUACCUGGAGUGGAUCCAGUACUGUGCUGGAAAAAUGGAGACGCCUGUGGAGAGUGAUGAAGACUCUCCUCUGGUCACUCUGUCUUAUGCUCUCUCCGUCCUGGGGAGGAGAUCCCUCGGCACUGCUUCACACAACAUGUCCAACAGCCUUGAAUCAUUUCUGUACGGUUUCAACACCCUGUUUAAAGGCGACUUUCGCAUAGCCAGUAAGGACGAAUGGGUUUUCGCUGAUCUGGAUCUCCUCCAGAAGGUGGUGGCUCCUGCUGUCAGAAUGAGCCUCAAAUUACAUCAGGAUCACUUCACUUGUCUGGAAGAGACCGAGGAAGCAUCUAUCUUGUAUGAAGCCAUCACAAACUACCGCAGCAACCUCGUAAUCUGCCACGAGAGCGACCCCGCUUGGCGUAAGGCUGUGCUGUCAAGCCGAGACACACUGCUCACUCUGAGACACAUGAUCGAUGACGGCACAGACGAGUAUAAGAUCAUCAUGCUGUACAAACGCCACCUCAGCUUCAAAGUCAUCAAGAUCAAUAAGGAGUGUGUGCGAGGUCUCUGGGCAGGACAACAGCAGGAGUUGAUAUUUCUAAGGAAUCGAAACCCGGAGCGUGGCAGCAUCCAGAACUCAAAGCAAGCACUGAGGAACAUGGUCAACUCUUCUUGUGACCAGCCGCUGGGGUACCCCAUGUAUGUGUCACCUCUGACAACAUCAUACGCGGGAACGCACCGUACGCUGCGCAGCAUCGGAGGAGGGGCUUUAAGCCUGGAUGCCAUUCGUUCCUGGCUCUGCUCUAAAUGGCUGCGGGUACGUAAGGACAACCUGACCAGCUGUAACAGUGGCAUGAACGUGGAGGAUGUGGACUGUGGUGCUGGUGGGUCGUCCUCGCUGAGCCACAACCGCCCAUCCUCUGUCACAUCCAACAGCCUGAGCCAGCACAGAGCCAGGACGACACACAGCCACAGACACCACAAUGCCGCCAGGAGAGAGUACCGCAGUCGGUCAGUGCAGCCUCAGAGUCAACGUCCCCCUGUCACCAGCCAGUCUGGCCCUAUCCUGGACUCAGGCUCCACCAACGGCCUUGUUCAGCGUCUGUCCAAUAGUCAGCUGUCCUUUAACACCUCCAUAGCUUCUAUAUUCUCCCAGGUCCCUCGUCUCUCAGGAGCAGGUGGCAUAAGCUCACAGCUCCAGGCAGCGCAGCAUCAGCAGCGCUCCAGUCAGGUCUCCUCAUCUUCAUCCACACUCAGCUUGCUGUUUGGGAAGCGAAGUUUCUCCAGUGGCCUGGUUAUCUCUGGGCUGUCUGCUGCAGAAGGGGGCAACACCACAGAUACACAGUCCUCAUCCAGUGUCAACAUCGCCAUCGGGCCCUCACAUAGGUCCAGCAGCAGAGCCACACAGUGGACAUCAGAGCCAUAUGAGAGUAUAGAUGUGGCCAAUUCCAACGCUGCAAUCACAGUGAAGGAUGAAACACAGUUAAGCGAGCAGGCCUGCAGCCAGGGAUUAGACAAGACCCAGGAGGAUUCAGCAUCUGCCUCAACAGCUCCUGAGCCAACUGAUCAAAAGACUGUCUGAGAGCGAAAACACAUCUGUGAGAGUGCCCAUACUCAUGCCCAUAUACAGAGAGGACUGUAUGAAGAGUUAUACACACAUGCAUAAGAAAGAUUGUAUGAGAGAGCACCCAUGCACACAAACCUGCCUCCUCUGUCCUCAGCAUGUGGUCUCACCCUGUUGUCUGAAUGUAAAGUCUGAAAAUAUGGUCUUUGAUG